AUGGUGAGCCUGAGGGAGAUGGCUCGGUCCGAUGCGGAGCGUGCCCCACCAGCGUGGCUGCGUGCGCUGCUAGAGACCAGGUUCUUCGAUGCAUGCCCAGAGCACCAAGCCAACGACGCCGGCCGCGCUAACAGGAAAAGAACCAGCGGCUGCAACUUCCUGUGCACUCACUGUGCCGACCGGGCCCUCUGCUCUGGCUGCCUCGGCAACCAUGAAGGUCAUGGACUUAUCCAGAUCCGGAGGUCGUCAGGCAACAACGUUGUGAAGGUCGAUGAUGUUCAGAAUCGGCUGAGCGUGUCACUGGUGCAGACCUACGUCUACAACGGAGACUAUGCUGUGUUCCUGAACAGGCGACCCAUGUCGGGUCACGGAAAGCAUGGCGCGUCUCACUGUGAGCAGUGCGGAAGGGGACUCCAGGAUGAGGACUGCCGCUUCUGCUCACUCGAGUGCAAGGCUAAAGGAAUAGAGGACCGUCUUGAUUUCAGCGUGUCAUUCGCUGUCGAUCCAAACAACUUCAGCAGCUCUGGAGAUGACACUGAAUCAGACGACGAUGAAGACUCAUCCUACCCAUCCAAGUUUCAAAAGCUGGAAACUAUACCAGCAUCAUCUAGCAAGCCAGUUGCCUCUGGAGGACAGCACUCUAUAGGUAAAAAGCAAUAUUGAGAUCAAUGCCAAGAUCUACACUAUCUUGGCAAAUGGAGGAUCACUAGGUCGUCAUCCUACAGUGGUGAUCCUACAGAUAAUGCUUGCAAACAGUAUCCAUGGACAAUGCCAUUCGCAUAUGCAUGAACUAAUCUCGAAACUUGGAAUGUUUAGACAUGGUUCAAAACAUGGUUUGUGGGAUGUUUUACUUUUAA